AUGAACGAAGUGCAGUCGGGAGUUGUAAAGGGUGAGUUAUCCAAGAAUGGUGGCAGUGGAGGGAUGUCUGGUUUAACCCCACCCAAGAAUCACCAGCCAGGCACUGAAGCAGAAGUAGACACCGAAGGGCACGACAGUGUUACUCAGAUGAACGGAGGUCACGAUCAGAACGGUACUGCCAGUGCUUCUAUGGAUAAGGCGGCAGUGUCCGUGUCUAUGUCUGAACAGAAGAGUUGGUUUAGAAAACGACAGCCAGUAGACAUUCUUCCACCGGAGAUACCCCAUAUAUCCAAUAAUAUCAUUCCCCUAUCCAAUGUGCUCAAGUUCAGCUCUCAAGAAGCAUACAAGCAACUUACGUCGAUGAUUGAACGCUUGGCUGAAACGUCAGAGAAUGGCGAAGACAUCAAUCGAAAGAGGGAGUUUUUACAUUUGAUCGUAGGUCUUCGAGAAGACUUUGUUAAGAUCUAUACGCUAGUGAAAUGGGCUGUUAAUGCCAAAGAUAUUGGUAAGUUGAUCGAUUUGCUUAACUGGUUUCGUCAGCAAGAGUUUUAUUUCGAGUCCUUGUCUAUGGGCUUGAAUGAAUUAAAUCAAUAUCUGGGAGCCAAACUACCCAAUUCUGAUUUGGUUACCAGUUUAGAAGUUUUGAUCAAGGGGAGACCACAAUUACCCAGUUAUAAUUUUCUAAAACUUUCUUCCAUUAGUCCGGAAAAGACGUUGGAAGUGUUGGAAGAUUUGAACUUGAUCUUGACCACCAGAAUGGCAUUCAUAAGCGAUAUCCCCAAAGUAUACUUACGAAAUUUCGAGAUUAAGGACGGAAGAAUAUACUUUACUGUCCCGCAACAAUAUCAAGUCAGUGUUACUGUGGCUAAUAGUUUAAUCAUUGAAGACGACAUCAAAGACAACCAUUCAUCACCGUUUUACUUUAUAGAUUUCCAGUUCCUUUUCGGUAUAAACCCAGCAACAGGUUGCUUAGAUGAUAGUCGAGGUACUGUUUCCAGAAUGCCCUCCAAUAAACACUUGGAGACCUUGGCAAACUCCACUCUUUUAUCUCUGGGAUUAACAGGACUUCAUGAAUUGUUGCACAAGUAUGCUGUCUCGUUCAAGGUUUAUUUAUUAUCUCGACAAGUGAAGGAGAUGUUAGUAGGGUCUAUGAAAUGGAAGGACUCGCUUCAAUAUAAGUUUCAACAUGGACAAUCGAUAAUUACAAUCAAUUAUUGGUGUCAGAAUUACAACUCCAGAAACUGGAAGUCUUUGGUGGAAUUAGGUGUGGACAAGAAUAAUAAAGUUACCUUCAGAUGGUUCAAGGAUGAAAAAUAUCAACACGAUCAUCAGCUCAUGAAGUUAGUUAAGCUCCAGCCUACUGUACCUACGGCUUCCUCUUGUUAUUCAGAUUCUUCUUCUUCGGCAGCUUCGACCACGGAUCCAAAUGAAGGUGACUCUAUGAAUGACGAUGACUAUUAUGAGAUCAAUGUGGACUUGAUAGUCACCAUGAUAUUGAACAAGCAUGCAGAACAAUUAAUGGGGAAGAUUACUUCAAUGUACAACGAUAUAAUAAGUGGUCACGGAUUACCAUCUGAAGAAUUUUGUACAUUUAUUCUGUCCCACCAAGUUUGCUUAAAACUUUCACCUUCAAAGAAGACAACUUUUGCAUUGAACUCGCUCACGGGAGCAUUCUAUUUCAUUGAACCUACGCCGUUACAGAAUGAAUUUAUCGUUAAAAUCAACUCGCCCCUCCCACAGCAAACACAUAAAAGAACAGGAUUCCUGAUUACAGAGCAUGAGAUGUGUGAACAUAUAGUUAACCAAUUGAUACAAUUACGGUUGGCCACAUCGAACAAGGAAAUCAACACCAAGUUGUCCACUACGCAAUGGAUUCCAAACCAAUUAAUAAAGUUGAACGAAUACGAAACUAACAAGUUAUACAACUUCUUAAGUGGUUCAAACCACAGUGAAUUAUUGCAUCUACCCUCGGAAAAACCUUCAUCUACUCGUGGAUUAUCUUCUUUAUCCCUGUUGCAGUUUUACCGUCGGAAGAACUGGCCCUCCAGUUGGUUUUUGGUCAAACUCAUUGAUGGAGUAAGCUGCAGAACGUAUUGGUGGGUAUCGAGGAUCAAAUCUAUUAAGGGAGAAUGGAAAAUACAAUGGGUACAAGUGUUAAUGUUUGAUGAAGAAGCUUAUUUAGCAGAAGGCAGCUCUAAAGAAGUAAAAAAGGUUCUUAGUCCUGCUAGUAUGGGAUUCGGGUUGUUCAACAGUUUGUCUACCAUAUGUUCCAACAUGAUUAUCGACCAUAUGAUUCUUGAGGAGUUGCAUGCUAAGAAAAUUGAGUUUGUCAAGACUAAUAAAGUGGACUCGGUGCUAAGGAAAUACGGCAUCAAUGCUCCAUCAGCACAAGCAUCUGAUAAGAAGAAUAUCGAUGACGAUGGAGAUGUCAUCACAAACGAAAGUAACAUCAUCAUAUACAACAAUAAUAAGUUGUUACGAGUGGAGAAUAGUGGUUCGUCUCUUUUCCUAAAAGUCACCUUGGUGUCUCAAAACAAUUUUACGGUGAUGAAGUUGAAGUUAUUUGGUAACUUGAGAAACUUGCUGUUCAAAAACAGUCCAGAUGAACUUAAGCAAUUGAGCUUGACCAUCGAUGAGCAAGAUAAGUACUUUGAGAUCUGUGAUUCCAUUAACUUAUCGCAAACAUUGAGUGGACAAUCUGAAAUAGGUUCAUUGGCAUCAACUAAUAGUAGUGGUGCUGAUAGUUCUAGCCCUAGUGUUUCGCUCAAUGGCACAUCGUCCAGUGGUCUCUUGGAUAAAAUCUUUAACAACUUGAACAAAUUGAAUGAGUUGAUCAAGAUCUUGGGCCAGGUAAACAAGUAUGCCAUCCCCAUUGUUAACAAUUCCAUCAACGAGAUCUCGGUCAAGUUGGAUGAGGAAUACGUGAUCAAAAUCCAAUUGCCCUCUAACAGGAAUCGGCUGAUAACCCUUGCAAUUGAUGGAGAGAGUGAAUGUAAGGUGAAUGUGGUAGAUGAUGAGUUGAUGAAGUACUUUACACUUGUGAUCUCCUAUGUAAACGAGUAUUUACAAGGAAGGAACCGAAUGUUUGGAAGUCCGGUGGAUAUUCGUGGUGUGCUUAUGUUUCUUUCCAGGUUUUUACUGGUGUUUAAGCUGACCAUGGUUAUUCGACAGGCUAUCGAUAAACAUCGAGAUCAGAUCAAGUUGAGCAAUGGGCUCAGCAAGUUGAGUUUUGAUUUACGCAUAAACAACUUGAAGCAAAUGCAAUUGCUAUUUUUCAUACGAUAUUCCGCUGGGGGGAAGAAGAUCUUGAAGGACAAGAUAGUCAUCCAUUUGGAUUUCCGAGUCAACAAGUUCAUCAAUAUAAAAGACAAGCAAGAUCCCUUGAUGCUCAAGCUUUCUAUUAAGGACAACUUGAAUACAAAGAACUUGAAACAUAAAGAGUUGUUUGAGAAUAUGUUCAAGAGUCUUAGCAACGUACAGGGUGUGAGCAUGUUACGCUACGACUUCCUAUUGGAGCCCCAGUGUUUGUCGACUGUCUUUGAACGGAUAGCACAAGUGUUUUUAAAGCACAUAGAUAAGUAA